CAUUUUGUGCUACGUGCUACCUAUUUUGUUUCAUUCCGAUUCAUAUUCCGUUCUAUUUCGUUCCAUUUCGCACUUUCUGGAAUGCAUUUCGCACGCGGCCGGAAUGCAUUUCAAAUGCAGUCAGAUCGUCCCGAUUGGCCCUCGAAUGUGUCCGGACGUGACGUAAAAGAGAACGCCGCUUGCAUGCACAAUUACGACCGACUGCCGCUGGAAUGUAGCAAGAAUAUAGUCGGAAUUAAAAGGAAUCGCCUGGUCAACACGCAUCGCGUCAUGCCGCCCAGGAAGAAGGUGGCCUACAAGGUCAAGAACUACACCGCAGGCCGUGGCUUCGGCUGGGGCAGAGGUAGUACUGAAGAACCAGCGGGUGUUGUAGAAGACGUCCCCCCUCCCCCAUACUCUCAGAAGGGCAUACUCACAGCCCAGUCCACCUCUGACAGCGACGAUGAUCUCCAUCCCUCCGAGGCUGCUACAUGUAAAUCCCAGAAGAAGCGCAAGAGGGAGCUCGUGACCGCUGACUUCACGGAGGAACAGGAGCGGGAGAUGGUGGAAUGGCUCCAGGCCCCGCAGCAAAACUGCCUCUUCAACAAGAAACACCCAAACUACAUCAGGAAGGGAGUUAGGGAUGCGCUAUGGGAGCAGAAGGCCAGAGAACUGUGUAAGACCAGCUACCAACUGAAGAAAUGGUACACCAACAUGAGGUCCAGGUUUGGUAAGCUGAAGCAGAACCACACAGGUACUGGAGAGGAGGAACUGAUGACUGCACGGGACCGCUGGAUCCUCCACCACUUCCAAUUCCUCAGGCCCUACCUCAUCGUACAGGUCAAAAAGAGGGUGAAGGCAAAGGUCCGAGCCACUACAGUUCCAGCUCCAACCCAGUCUGAGUCUGACCAUCAUCCCCCUGCUGCAGCCGCUCAGUCUGAUGCAGACACCUCCCUGGGGUCCAGGGCUACCGACGACACCGACACCACCUGGGGAAACAUCGCCGAACUACAGAAACAGCUGCUGAACAAGCUUUCCGAGACCAAGAAGUCGGCCAUGCAGCGUCAGAAGGACAGCUUCGCCGACUACAUGAAGGAGGUGACUUACACGUUCCCUCCCCCCAUGUGGCUGAGGUUUCAGAGCGAAGUCAACAGCCUGAUGCAGGAGUACCAGUUGGAACUCCACCAGGAACACCCUUCUACACACGCUCAGCAGCAAGACGAGUUCACAAGCCCUUACCCUCCUGAACUUACCCCGGGUCCUACCCGCCAGCAGUCUCCUUCAGCAGGCUGGCGGCAGCAUCCAACGCAAGUCCACCGACCGACUUCUGUCUGGGGUACGCAUCAGGGGGCCAGUUUAGAGCAGGAACAACUACCAGAUAGACCACAGUCAGCUCCUCCACCCACCCACUCUGCCAGUAAACCCCAUACACAGCCUUCAACAUCCGGCCAGGGAAAGGACGCAGAAACUCAACACUAUACUGUAUACAAAUCAACAAUUAUAAAAGAAGAAAACGACCAUUAAAAUUUUUUCUUGGACCAGGUUGUAAAAGAAGAAAAUGACCUUAAAAAGUUUUUUUCUUGGAACAAGUUCAACUAAUAGCACCUGCAUUCCUUUUCACUGUAGACAAUGGACAUUCAAACACAAGUUUCAGAAAUUUAUGUUGAUGUUAGAUUUUGAGAUGCCAACAUUUGUACUUUUGUACAAUGCCAGAAUAGAAUGAUAAUGUUAC